AUGGCUACAAACGGUUCUUUCACGUGUGCAAUGAGGGUGUUCUUCGGUUUCAGAACGCUCUAUCUGACCAUUCCAUUUGUUGCUAUUGCAGUGUGCAAGAAUGUGCUGAUUGUGUUUACAGCAAAACGGACAAAUUUCAUAGAAACACGAACUAAAAUAUUGGUGAUAUCUAUGGUUUUUACUGAAGUCAUAUUAAGUGUAUCCUAUGUCUGCUUUGGAGAAUCUGACAAUCUACUUACGACUUUAGGGAUAACAAAGCCGGAGUAUUUUGAGAGCUUUCUACUCGGCGCCUGGUACAGUUCUGUGGUUUUAUAUUUAGCCCACUCCGGAAUUAUUGCAUUAGAAAGGUAUAUUAACAUCGCCCAUCCAUUUUACUACCAGAGUGUAAUGAUAAAUCGAAGUAUCUACUUUAUUAUCCUGUGUCUGUGGACAUUUGGGUUGUCUUACAUGAUUGUUCCGCUGCUAGUAUACACGAAAGUUCACUAUCACAAGUCAUGUAUUCUGCUUCACCCACCAUUAGAGUACUACUGUAUUGGGGCUUUCGUGUACGUCAUCAGCUGUGUUGCAGUUAUGGUCUCUAACUUUAAAGUAGCAUUUCUGGCUUUCAGAAUGAGAAAGGCCAGUUUAGCUCGAAGAAUUCCCAGUUCUAGGGUCGGUAGUAAUGUGGCUUUCAGGGAAAAUUUUCUGGCAGCUGUUAGAAGUGUCAAAUUCUUCUCUGCCAUGUUUGGAAUGUAUUUUAUCUGUACGUCGCCGUCCGUUUUGUGUGCUGGUCUCAAUAUAGUGUUCCCUGUACCAACACCUGUUUACGUAUUUUCAAUUUAUUUAAUACCGUUCAACUCCAUACUAACUUUCACUCUAUUGUUCUUUAUGAACAAUAAAUUUUCACAGGCUGUAAUGCGAACUUUUUCUGAUAUUAAGGCACGCUUGUGCAAGGGUUAA